UCUCCCAAGCUGGUUUUUUGCUGAAAGACCCAACAAAAAAAGAAGGAAAAAAAAAGAUCUCUCGCGUGAGAGAGAUUCUUUUUCCAAAAAGAAAAAGGAAAAAUCCACCUUUCUUCCUCGGACCAGAUCGAUUUCCACUUUACCAAAAUUCUACAGUUCCUCUUUCUCCAUCAGUCAUCAUCAUUCUUCCCACUCCUGCAUCUCCAUUACCCAUUUCUCUCUUUUACUGUUCAUGCCACCGUUCCUUCUCAGACUUCUCAAUCGCCAUCAAUGGUGACCAUUACUGAAGAGCCAGACGAGUCACUGACGAACCCAUCACAGCCCAGACCCAGAAAAUCGAGCUCAACCUCGAAGCCGCCGCCGAUCGCCGCCGCUGCAACCGCCGAGACCUCCAAAACACCUCCCUCUCGGACCCCAAAUCCCUUCACCUUCUGGUUCUACUUCACUCUAAUCGUCUCUAUCGUAACAUAUUUUUUCGCAUCUCUUCCGUCUCUCUCUCCCCAAGACCCCAAAUCCUGGUUCUUAAGCUUACCCACCAGCCUCCGUCACCAUUACUCAAAGGGUCGUCUUCUGAAGGUACAGAUAAACCCUAAUUUGUCCCCUAUCGAAGUUUUCGCCAUUGAAAAUGGCUCAAAAGGGAGCGAAAAUGUGGUCGUUGUUCAUGGGCUGGGGCUGAGCUCUUACUCCUUCCGCAAGGUAUUGGAGUCAUUGGGUUCCAAAGGAGUUCACGCGGUGGCGUUUGAUCUGCCCGGAAAUGGAUUUUCCGACAAAUCCACGGCUGAGAUCGACGAGAGCUCAAAUGGGGUUUUAGGGAGGCUUUUGGAUGUCUAUAAUUUGAUUCAAGAAAAGGGUGUCUUCUGGGCAUUUGAUCAGAUUGUUGAAACUGGGCAGAUUCCUUAUGAAGAAAUUCAAAAACAUGUUCCAAAGAGGAAGAUCUUGAAGCCAAUUGGAUUAGGCCCUGAAGAGAUUGGUAGCAUUUUGGGGCAAAUCAUAGAUACAAUUGGUUUGGCUCCAGUCCAUUUGGUUCUUCAUGAUUCAGCUUUAUCAAUGGCUGGAUAUUGGGUUGCAGAGAAUUCAGGAUCAGUGAGAAGUUUAACUCUUAUUGAUACCUUAUCAAAGCCUUCUAUUCCUUUAUGGCUCUUGGAGUUGCCUGUUGUGAGAGAGGUUGUUUUGGGAUCCAGUUUUGUGUAUUCUAGGUUGAUUAACUUAUGUUGUUCUAAAGGGAAUGAUGUUGCCUUGGAUGUGGAGGCUCAUAGGGUUCUUCUGAAGGGCCGGGGCGGGCGGAGGGCGGUUGUUAGCAUGGGGAAGAAGUUGAAUCAUAGCUUUGACAUUGCAGAAUGGGGUGGUUUGGAUGAUCUGAAAAGUGUGCCGAUUCAGGUUAUUUGGUCGAAUGGUUGGUCGAAUGAAUGGAGUGCAGAGGGACGUCGGGUUGCUGACAUGCUUCCACAGGCGUCUUUUGUUACACAUUCUGGUGGACGGUGGGCUCAGGAGGAUGCAGCCGAUGUAGUAGCUGACAGUAUAGCUCAGUUUGUGUCCACAUUACCUCCCACAGUUAUAAAAACUGCCGAGGAGCCUAUUCCCGAACACGUUCAGGAAGUACUCGAUGGAUCGGGGAAUAGUGACGGCCACCACCACCACGAUCAUGGCACCCAUGACCACAUUCAUGGAGGUGGUUACAUGGACGGAUACGGGCUCGGCGGUCAUUCAUGGUGAACCAAUAUCCUCUUCUUUCUGCAGGGACGGUCCCUAAUGAAUCGCCCACAUUUUUCUGCCAGAUUGUUUGUACCUUUGCUCGAACUCCACACAAAUGACUUCCUGACGGUAAACGUAUCACCACGACUUGUUAGCUUCUUAGAUAUCUCAGAAGUUUUUUCUUACAGGACGUAGAAGAUUGUUUCUUGCUGAUUGCCUUGAAAUUAUUUAAUCAUGUGUUGCUUGAGUGUAUCUGAUCUUACACUUUCUUUUCUUGAUACUGAAUUCGGUUCUGCCAAAGACGAAGAAGUUUAGGACUUGUUUGGUAUGCAGUGUUGGUAUAGUUUUGUGUUUUAGGAUGCAAAUUUUUAUAAAUGUAAGGAUUUUAAGAAUGACAGGAACUCGUAACAUGUGUUCUCAGCUUCACUUUCUUUUA